UUACAUUCUACUUUAGUUAGCUGUGCCGUACUCUUGUGUAUUAAUUCAAAUUUAAGUAGUUGUUUACGUUUGUAUAUUUUUAUCGAAAAUGGAUUGUUGCAAGAAAGGCGAAUCCCGCACGAUUGUUAAACAAUGCAAAUUCACAAAGAAAGAUGGCACCGUAGUGGACUGUGAAUGUACCUGUACCUGCAAAUGUGAAAAUGACUGUAAAGGCCAGAACUGUCCUGGAAAAAAUGGUUGCAACUGUGACUGCUCUGAAGAAACAGCCAAGUUAGGGCCUGAUGGAAAAUAUAGAUGCACUUGCGAAUGUAAAUGUUAGUUAUGUAACGCUGUUAUUAUAUCCCAUAUAUUUAAUUUGUAAUUGUGUCGUACCUUAAUUAAUAAAAAUAAAACUGUAUUUUAUACAUUAAUACGUAUGUAUUAAACUAGAAUAUUAAAUUAAUUUUUUUGAG